UGGCCGUACAUGUUACACACUAAGGCAAAAACGUUUAUUUUAACUUGAAUUUACAGUUGAAAUGUUUGUGAUUUCCGUUUAUUAGAAGAAAACGAAACCGCAUGUUAAAGCUUCACGUGCAUUUAUCGAUUAUUAGUCAUGUUCCUUAUAAAUAUCACGUGUACAAUUGUAGGUUAUUCCGUAUUCAUGCAUAUUUAUGUGUCAUUUACCGGAUCAAAUUUACAAUGCAGUACAAAAGAAUAAUUUAAUAACUGUUGGAGUUUUGAUAUGGAGGAUGAAUUCUUAUGUUAUAAAAUCGCUUAUUGUUGAUGUCAAGGAAAGCAUCCAGGUUGCAUGUAAAUGCUCCGGUAAUAAUUGUGGUAAAAUAGUUGCCGCUUCCGGUACAGCUGUUCUUAUACCGAUUGCCUUUGUCUUCCAAUUGUCCGCUAUAGUAAUUGAUCAAUGGGCAUUCGAAAUAAAAUGUGACAGUCAUACGGUAUAUAAUUGCACAGUUCAUGGAUUUGGCUGCUGGCUAUAUGAUUAUAAAAGUACAUGCCUGUGUGCCUUUGAAAUGCUGUCAUGUUCGACAAUGUUUUUGCUAACUAUAACUGGUUGCUGCGUGAGUUGUCAGACAUGUUAUCGGAGCCUGACCAUUGAGACAUGCUCUUUCUGUCAUGUCUGUGUUUUAUCAGUGCUUAGUCUUUUACCAGGUACUUUCAGUUUGUGUUGUUGCCUGAUUACUUUAAAAAAUAACACGGAACUACGUUUAACUUUACAAUAUUCCUGGUAUGUAUACGCAACAACCGGAUGUGCCACCAUUUUGAUUUCUGUAGUCUCAAUGUGUGGCUAUACAUGUAAGAAGAUGUGUAGAUUUAGACAAGAUUAUGAUACACAGAUCGGCAGUGACGAUGAUGAGCGGGAAUGGUCAACUUUGUUGAAAAAGUGAUACUGUAAUCUAAACUCCACCUACUAAGAUUCAUCGAUAUUACACUUGUAGCAAAAAUAAAAUUUCGUAACAUUUCGGUCAAUCUUCGGAAAAGGAACAUUAUUUUAAAUAAUUGCCGAGGUGAACCGAUUGACAAUAAAAUAUCGUAAUACAGUUGUUUAUGAGCAGCCUGCACUAUGGUGGCUGAUUUGGUCUACUUUGUGCGUUGCGUUGAUGAUAGCGACAACACAACCUAUAUCGUCUUCGUCUUGUCGCUAGCAAAUCGCGCUAAACGGCGCGUUGUCGCACAGUCGUCUUGUCGUCCUGUCGUUAGCGAAGCACGCAAAACGACGCGUUGUGACGCGUUGAUGUGCGGCGCGUUGUCGCGAUGUCGCUCUGUCGCUUGGCUCACAUGUAUACAUUUACAAAUAGACAAUUUUUGGAUUUGAGCCGAGCGACAGUGUGACAACGCGACAACACGCCGCACGACAACGCACCGUUUGGUGUGCUCCGUUAGCGACAUGACGACAAGACGUCAGUGCGUUUGGUGCUUUACAACAUAACGAAAAAAAGUGUUCCAAAUCAGCCACUAUACCGUACAGUCUGAUUUUAAUAUCCCGUUAUUUUCAAACGUAAUGUUGAAGUGUUCCAAAGUUUAAACAGGUAAAGGGUUACACAGCUUAGAAAUGCUCAUGGAAUGUGUGGCAUUUGCUUACAUGGCGGUGAUAAAACUAUUCCCUGCUAUAAUUUAGUAAUCGUAUUAAGUAUAAUAGAAAAAAAGAGAUAAGGAAUAUAUGUAUCUAGAAAUGUUUAAACAAUUGUAACUUAACUAGUUGUUUAUUACUCACGAGCUUUAUUAUGGAAUGUACAACCAAUAUUAAAACAUUACAAAUAAAGGUGAUUAUAUUAAAUGUUUCAUGAUACAGUAAAAAUGUAACACCAAUAUCAAAACAAUCCAAAUAAAGAUAAUUUGAUAAAUGUUUCAUGAUACACAUUUUCUUAAACAUUUGAUAUUCAUUAGAAAUACUAGUAAGCAUUACAGGUUUGAUAGCUUGACAUGAUACUUUUUCUUGUGU